GACCCAUUUGCGACACAUCGUCAUCCCAAUCUGGCCGAGCUGGUCGAUAGCUCAGAAACACAUCCUCUUGAAGCUCAAGCGGCCAAAGCUGGCUUGUUCUACCACAAAUCUCGGCGGGGAGGCAACAUCGGAUGCUACGGCUACGGCGCGGGAUCAGCCAUGUCCACGAUGGACGUUCUGGCUGUGGUGGGCGGGAAGCCGACCAACUUUCUGGACGGAGGAGGCGGAGCGACCGAGGCGAAUGUCCGGGCAGCGCUGGAUGUGCUCAUGAAUGAUCCGGAUGUGGAGGUGGUGUUUGUGAAUACUUUCGGCGGGUUGACCAAAACAGAACUGAUUGCGGACGGUAUUGUGCGUUUUCUGAGGGAACGGAAAGAGGCGGGCAAGGCGACUCCACCAUUCGUCAUCCGGUUGAGAGGGACAGGUGAGAAUGAAGCGAGGGAGAUCGUA